AUGGAGAUCCCUCUCAAGUCCCUCCCCGGCGGGCGGGCCGCCGCCAGCGGAAACAUGAUGACUCAGUCAGAUUUAGAUCUAAAAGAGACAGCUUUGAAAGAGGAUUUGAAGUUUUACUUCAUGAACCCAUGUGAAAAAUACAGAGCAAGACGUCAGAUACCAUGGAAAUUGGCUUUGCAGAUUUUGAAGAUACUUAUGGUUACGACACAGCUUGUUUUUUUUGGUUUGAGUAACCAGCUGGUGGUCUCAUUCAAAGAGGAAAACAUUGUUGCUUUUAAACACCUAUUCCUGAAGGGCUAUUCUGGAACUGAUGAAGAUGACUACAGCUGCAGUAUAUACACACAACAGGAUGCUUAUGAUAGCAUUUUUUAUGUUAUUAAUCAGUACAGGCACUUAAAGAACAUAUCCCUGGGGACACUUGGUUAUGAGCAUGAAGAAUCAGGUCUAAAAAUCUGUAAACAGCAGUACAAGAGAGGCACAAUGCUUCCUUCCAAUGAUACACUGAACAUAGAUGUUUCUACUGAAACAGAAUGUAUCCUUUUGAAGCCAAAGGAACUAACUGGUAAGGAGGCUGAACUGAAGCUGAACUCUUCUUUUUUCAAUCUUGAAUUUUACAGGCUUAUACAGGUUGAAAUCUCCUUCAAGCUGAAAGGCAUUGCUCUUCAGACAAUCCAUGCCCGUGAAUUGCCUGACUGCUAUGCAUUUCAAAACACUAUAACUUUCAAUAAUAGAGCCCACAGUGGAAAAAUCAAGGUCUAUUUUGAUAGUGACACCGACAUUCAGGAAUGCAAAGACUGGCACAUAUUUAACUCAGUUCUCCAGAAGAACACUCAGUAUGUGCUAGUCUUUGAUGGAUUUGUCAUAUUGAGUUGCUUGGCUUCUCUCAUCCUCUGCACGCGAUCCAUCGUUCUUGCCUGGAGGCUGCAAAAGAGAUUUGUGAAUUUCUUCCUGGAGAAACACAAGCGCCGCGUCUGCUAUGCUGAUCGCCUGGAGUUCCUGAACGGGUGGUAUGUCCUGGUAAUUAUCAGUGAUGUGAUGACAAUCAUUGGGUCAAUCCUAAAAAUGGAAAUAAAAGCCAAGAACCUCACAAGUUAUGAUGUCUGCAGCAUUUUACUUGGAACAUCAACUUUGUUUGUCUGGGUUGGAGUCAUCCGAUACCUGGGAUACUUUCAAACCUACAAUGUGCUCAUUUUGACUAUGCAGGCAUCGUUGCCGAAAGUGCUGCGGUUUUGUUGUUGUGCUGGGAUGAUCUAUCUUGGCUAUACUUUCUGUGGUUGGAUUGUCCUGGGACCUUAUCAUGAGAAGUUUGAAGAUCUGAACACAGUGGCUGAAUGUCUGUUUUCUUUGGUCAAUGGUGAUGAUAUGUUUGCCACAUUUGCUCAAAUCCAACAGAAGAGUUCCCUGGUGUGGAUGUUCAGCCGGUUAUAUCUGUACUCCUUCAUUAGUCUGUUUAUAUACAUGAUCCUCAGCCUUUUUAUUGCACUCAUUACUGACUCCUAUGACACCAUAAAGAAAUACCAACAAAGUGGUUUUCCAGCAACAGAUUUACAUGAAUUUCUAAAAGACCAUAGCAGUGCUGGCUACAGAAAAGACAGAACUUCUUUUCCAUUCAUCUGCUGCUGCAGGAGACAACAGAGUGAUGACAACUUGAUACUUAUUAAUUGAUGGCUGCACAUUGAAAUUCACUACUGAUAUAUGCAAAGAAAGCAUAG